GGAAAACAGUAUUCGAUUCUUGUGGAUAAGGAGAGGUGUCAUACUUGUUGAAUAAGACAUCGAUCGGAAUCAAGUUUCUGCCUUCCUCGAUGAUUUCCACUCGGGGGCAGAGAGGUGGAGAAAAACCUCCGCGCUCUUAGCGCAAUCCAUGCGAUUCCGUCGAACUCAGUGUCUGUCUGCCUGCCUAUUCGGCCGUUCCUUCCGUGGGAACGCUCGUCGGCGCCGCAGUGAACCUCUAACUUUCGAAAAAUCGAGGAGCCGGGAGGCGUCUCGCCAUGGCCGGUCUCUCAAAUGUUAUUCCGCAGGACUUCGACUCGAACGAGGAAGCCCAGGCCAGAACAAUCUUCGAGGGGCAAUUGUAUAAAUACACCAAUGUUGUCAAAGGCUACCAGUACCGAUUCUUCGUUCUCAAUCGCGAGAUGGGAACCCUGGAAUACUACAUGCUCGAAGAUGUGAAGAAAACUCGACCUCGAGGAGCGGUGCACUUGGCGGGUGCCGUAGUGUCACCAUCGGACGAGGAUGGGCAAAUGUUUACCGUAUCGGCAGCUUGCGGGGAAGUUUAUAAAUUGCGAGCGCAGGACUCCAAAGAACGACAACUGUGGGUGAAUCGGUUACGGUUCGUGGCUGAAGCGCACACUGACUCGAUUGGACUGAAGCAUCCGCCCAUAUAUCCGGCGCUGCCGGUCGCUUCGAAGGAGAAGGAGAACAAACCUCAGCCGCCCGGCGUCCUGCCGUGUCCGGGGGAAGCCUUCCAGUCGUUGCAGCAGAGACUGUCCGAGGCAAAUCUAGCCUUCAGGGAUCUCGCAGUGGCCAUGGAGACGCUGCCGAACACUAUGCAAAUAAAACCCCAUGACCCUGAUCUUCUGCUGCUGAAGGCAACGUCGACAGCGACAGUGGUUUGCUUAGAGCAAUGCUUUUCGUUGCUUUCUGAUCAACGGUACGAGCAGCGACUUAACAAUACACCAUCACAUAAUCGGAAGCAUCAUUCAAAAAAGCUGAAGAAGAAGGUUCGAGAUUGGGCCCAUCAGCCGUUCCGACCCGUCAUGCAACAGUCAUUGUCGGUCUCGGCGGGGGAUUAUAAGGGUGCAAUCACUCCGUCAGCCUCGGCACUGCCUCAUGUUACUAGUGAUAGUACGUUGGCGUCGAUGUUGACGGCGCGGAGCUCGGGCGGCGAGGUUGCUGACGAGGAAGCCGUCGAGCCUUCGGGACACUGGGAAACCGAGGUUUUCCCGUCGGAUGAGGAUAAAGAUACGGUGCUAACCCUCAUGGGUCAAUUGAAAAUGGGUGCCGAUCUCACCAAAGUCUCGCUACCCGUCUUUGUACAAGAACCGCGAUCGCUCCUCGAAGUCUAUGCGGACAUGUUUUCCUAUGCGCCACUAUUCGUAUCUAUCGCGGAAGCAAAAACCGAAGAUGAGCGGAUUCUCAACCUCGUGCGAUGGCUUCUCUCGGCUCUAUUCGCCACACGAAGGGGACUUGUGGCCCGUAAACCUUUCAAUCCAGUGCUCGGUGAAUCGUUCCGUUGUUCCUUCAAGUUGCCUGACUCACACGAAGACAACGGGAACCCGCCUCCGCGCGUAACUUUCGUAGCAGAGCAAGUGAGUCAUCAUCCACCGAAGAGUGCCAUCUAUGUCGAGUGCCUCGAGCGGCAGAUGAAGUGCACGGCAACGUUGGGCGUCAAGGCCUCGUUCAUGAACCUCUACGUUGGCAUCGAGUUCAUCGGUGGCCUAAGCGUGCAGUUGUUGGAGUUUGGCGAGAGCUACAUUGUCACUCUGCCGCAAAUGGCUUGCCGCUCCUUGGUAUCGAAACCCUACCUCGAGUUCAGUGGAAAAAUGCAAGUGCAGUGCCCUGAGACGGGCUGCUCCGCCGUCAUAACGUUCCCUUCGAAGCUUCUGAGCAAAGCGGAAACUGAAACUCUGCCUCCUCCGAACCCAGACCCGCCCUUCCGCGGAGCGAAGAUGCAUGGAGUGCAGGUUGAAAUAAGGAAUCGUGAGAAUAAUAUCGCGCUUCGUGGACAAGGCCAUUGGAACGAGAGCAUCUCCUUCCAUAGGGAAGCAGGAGAUUAUCAACAGCACUUUGAGUUCAACAUCAAAGCCAAAGAGCAGUGCCGCAAACGAGUCCGCGUACUGAGCGAUCAAGACGCUAAUGAAUCGCGUAAGGUUUGGGCGCAUGUUUCCCGUGCUCUCAAGCAAGGCGACUUGGAAGCUGCUUCCGGCUAUAAAUUCCAGCUAGAAGAGAGUCACCGUCACGCGAACAGCGGCAGGAAACACGAACCCAAGUUAUUCCGCCUGUCGAGCACCCACAACGGAGCAGAUGCCGCCCUCAGCGAAUUCGAGUACAAACACGCGUUGGAUCCGCAAUCCUAGAAUUUCUACGGUUAAAACACUCCGGCGGACGAUGCUUCUGUGGAUGUUUCAUAUCCGUAGUCACUUGUUCAGUUCAAUUUUGACACGGAGCUCUUUUUGUUCAGACGAGCUCUUCCUUCUCGCCAGUUUUCUGAGUCAUGUAUUCUGGAGGCCCCUCUCACAUAAUCCUCCUUAAGUGCUCUCCGCAGGACGAAGUGUUUCGGUCCGAAUCCAAUCUCAAAGUCGCUCAGCGCAGUCGUGAUUGGAGUUAGGCCUCACGAUUGUCGCCCGAUCGCCUUUUCUUAGAUACAUCGGUCGCGGGAACCCAUAGGGUUUGUAGUUCUCUUUUCCUACCACGAAUCGUCUACAUACCAUGAAAGAUGUUGGCCUUCCUUGAAUAUUUUUUUUCGGUUUGUUGGGAAGACAAGGCGGAUGUUUUGUCUGAUAUCAUCGAAGAAAAAUCAGUCAUUUGGUCGAGGAAUCCAAGGGGAAGACCGGACAGUAUGGAAACAUCGAUGCUUGGGUGAAGCCUUUUCGAGAACGAGUAGCAAACCUUCACGAAUUCACAACGAUUCCAUUGCGUGAAUACUGAGGUGAUCAGAAGGAAGGGUGACGAGCUUUUUUUAUCAACGUUGUUUUUGAAGAUGAUGAAGAAUAUAUUCCUAUCCCAUGAAGUGAAAAGUAUGGAACCGCUUGUUGUAGAGAUGAUAGCAAUAAAUUUUGAUUUUUCAAAACGAAA